CAUUAACGCUAAAAUUAUCUAAUGUAUUUUUAAUACAUAUUGCUGCUUUUGGCUGCAUUUGGCUUUCAAGGUGUGCAACCUCACAAUCUGGCGCAAACACGCGCAACGCGCGCGCAUUCGAUUCGAAGAAGCGCAUCAUCUGGCGUUCCUGCGGCGAACUUCGUUUUGAUGGCACUUGUGCGGGCUGUCUUCAUUGAUCUCAACGCUUUUUAGACGCGCGCAUAAAAAGACGACGCUUCGAUCGAGUCACUGCGCUUUCUCAUUAAAUGGAUUCUGACGAGGACGUGUCCGGCGACUGCCUGCAGCCGGUAGUCAGUCCCAUAAAGAUUGACUGGCUAGACCUUUCGUCGUUCGGCUACCCCGACUCCCUCGGCCUUAGCGCCCUUCCCGGCUGCAAAUUCAAGGAGACUUGGAGGGAUGUCGUGCGCGACGUCGAGUACAUUAAGCUGGAGGACGUCAGCGACGUGUUCGUGCUAUGCACGCGCGGGGAACUGUCGCUUUACAGGGUCCCGACUCUGCUCGCCGAGUACGAGAGCCACGGAAUGACCGUGCACCACUUCCCCGUGCCGGAUGGCACGGCGCCCGCCAUCGGCCAAAUGCUGGACAUCCUGCGCGAAAUCGGCGAAGCCAUUCAGCAAGGAAAACGAGCGCUCGUUCACUGCUUCGGAGGCCUUGGCCGCACGGGCGUCGUCGCCGCCUGCCUCCUGCUCAACUUGGACGAUAGCAUGGCGCCCGAGCGCGCUGUUCGCAAAGUGCAAGAACUGCGGGGAACACGUGCCAUACAGACAGUGAAGCAGUACAACUUUAUACACGACUUCAGGCAGGCUCGGGACGAGUACCUGAAAACGACUAGAGGCAACACAAGCACAUAGAUUCGCGCCGAAUGCCGCUGCCUUAGCAGAACUGGCCUUGUCACUGCCUACGUCGUACUCAACUUUGGGAGUACAAGGAUGGGGGCCCGAGUGGGCCGUUCAGAAAGUGCAAGAACUGUACGAGACAUUCCAGCCACGCGAACAGUGGAGUUUUAUAAAACCUUGUUCCUGGUGUUAGUAGUGCUUGAAACAAGUGUUUUAAAGCGGCAAGUUGCAACGCAACUAUUUAAUGAAAUUUCUCCUCUGUUUCACCAGCAAGCCUGGCGCCACUGUAACCUGCUUAAUACAGGUGUCACACCUGCGAUCGUGAUCAAAAGUGUCCAUGUAACACUGGUAGAACAAACUGACCUUUCCCAGUGUGAAUU